AUGACGGUGCCCAUCAAGCCCCCCGACGGCGCCGCCCCAGCCCCCACCCAGGCCGAAGUAUCAUCCAUCCUCACCACCAUCUUCACCGCCAAGACCUCGUCCGCCUCUAUUGACGCUUGCUACGGGCUCUGCGAGCUUCUCCUCAACUCCGUUGGCUUCCAGGGCUUACAUUACUACGGCGUCAUCGCCGAAGCCAAGAAGGCUGCUGCCGACAAGAAAAGCGGUCUUCGUCGCGAGAGCGCUCAAAACCUCCUCGGCGCUCUAUUUGAGCGUUUCCCUGCCCGACAACCCAUCAGUGAGAUUGUUUUCCUCCUCCAGGAUGGCGGUAUUCUCGCCUGCGCCCUCGAUGCCCUCGCCGACAAGGGCGCCGUCGUGCGCGACGCUGCCCAGUACGGCAUCGAUGCGCUCUUCUCCAACCUAAGUGCCGAGGCCAUGGUCGUGGGGCUCUUGCCCGCGCUUACCCAGUACAUCAAGAAAUCCGGCGGAAAGUGGCAGGGUGUUGUGGGCGCCUUGAAGUUGAUGCAAAAGAUGGCCGACAAGGCCAAGAUCACCUUGGGCAGCACAAAGGAGCAGGCUCAAGAGCAGGACCUUUUACGCGAAGCCAUGGGCGCUAAGCUCGCAAGCCUCAUCCCCAUUGUCGAGAACGGCAUGUUGGAUAUGAAGAGCGAGGUGGAGAAGCAGGCCGUCAAGACUAUGACCUCUCUGACCACCCUGCUUUCCAACGACGACGUCGCCCCGCGCAUUCCCCUCCUUAUCGACACCAUGCACCACCCCUCGACCGAGGCCGUGCAAAAGGCCAUCCACGCCCUCUCUCAGACCACUUUUGUUGCCAUCGUCACUUCGCCCGUCCUCGCUCUACUCACACCCUUCCUUGAGCGCUCUCUCAACAACCCAACCACCCCCCAAGAAGUCCUUCGCCAGACAGUUGUCAUCACCGAAAACUUGACCAAGCUCGUCCAUGACCCGAUCGAGGCCCGGACUUUCUUGCCGAAGCUCCAGCCCGGCGUUAAGAGCGUCGUUGAUAGGGCUUCGCUCCCUGAAGUGCGCGAGCUUGCAACACGCGCCCUCGGCGUUAUGGACAAGGCCAUGGGAGAUGACAAAACCGCUGUCGUUGAGCGGACCACGGUCGAAGACGUCGCCAAGGUCCUCGACGGCGAAAUCAACAAAAACGGCGGCCUCUCCGGUGAUCCGAACGCCUACAGCCUAGCGUGCCCUUACAUCAGCGAAAUGGUCAGCGAAGACGUAAACCACCGCCAGCUGGACCGCAUUCCUCCCAGGAUUGUCCCGUAUCUCCAGUUCCUGACUCCCGCAGCGGAGACCAUUGCUGCUUCGGUCCAGCAGUUCUAUGUCGAGGAAGACCACCGCAAGUACGGCGUUCCCGAGAAGGAGGACGACGGCGAAAUCGAGAUCGUUAACGCCGAUUUUUCGCUCGCUUAUGGCGGCAUGCUCCUGCUCUCACACACGAACCUCAGACUGCUCAAGGGUCACCGCUAUGGCCUUUGUGGCAGGAAUGGUGCCGGCAAGUCGACGCUAAUGAGAAGUAUCGCUAGCGGUAAGCUGGAGGGCUUCCCGUCUCAGGAUGUGCUGCGGACCUGUUAUGUGGAGCACAACCAGGGCGAGGAUGCCGAUAUCAGCAUCCUCGAGUUUGUCUCCAAGGACCCUACCAUUGCCAAAGAGGGCAAGGAAAGAAUCUCGUCGGUUUUGGAAGAGUUCGGCUUCACAGCCGGUCCCGAGGGCCGGCAGUCUCAAAAGGUCGGCUCGCUGUCAGGCGGUUGGAAAAUGAAGCUGGCUCUGGCCCGCGCCAUGCUCCAGAGAGCUGAUGUUCUGUUGCUGGACGAACCUACCAAUCAUCUCGACGUCACAAACAUCAAAUGGCUGGAGACCUACCUCAAGUCCCACACCGACAUCACGAGCUUGAUCGUGUCCCACGAUUCCGGUUUCCUCGACGAGGUCACCACCGAUAUUUACCAUUACGAACCCGGCAAGAAGCUAGGCCACUACAAGGGCAACCUUGCCGCCUUUGUCCAGGUCCGCCCGGAGGCCAAGAGCUACUACACCUUGUCGGCAUCGAACGUCCAGUUCAAGUUCCCUCCCCCAGGUAUUCUCUCGGGUGUCAAAUCCCAUACGCGUGCCAUCAUCCGCAUGACCAACGUCUCGUACACUUACCCCAACGCGCCCAAGCCGUCACUGAGCGACGUUUCUUGCCAGCUCACGCUGUCGUCGCGUGUCGCCAUCAUUGGCCCCAACGGUGCCGGCAAGUCGACUCUGAUCAAGCUUUUGACGGGCGAGGUGAUUCCGAUUUCCGGCAAGGUUGAGAAGCAUCCAAACCUUCGUAUCGGCUACAUCAAGCAGCACGCGCUUGAGCACGUAGAAAUGCAUCUCGAGAAGACGCCCAACCAAUAUCUGCAAUGGCGCUACGCGCAUGGUGACGACCGCGAGGUGCACAUGAAGCAGACGCGUAUCCUGUCCGACGCGGACCGGGAGCAGAUGGACAAGUUUGUCGACGUUGGCGAUGGUAAGGGCAAGCGCCAGAUCGAGUCCCUAGUCGGUCGGCAGAAGUACAAGAAGACCUUCCAAUACGAGGUGAAAUGGCGAGGCUUCCUCCCCAAGCACAACUCGCAAUUCUCACGCGAAACACUCCUCGACCUGGGUUUCGCCAAGCUUGUCCAAGAAUUUGACGACCACGAAGCCUCGCGUGAAGGUCUGGGCUACCGCGAACUGCAACCAUCCGUCAUCUCCAAGCACUUUGAGGAUCUCGGUCUCGACCCCGAGAUUGCCAACCACAACGAGAUCGGCUCGUUGUCCGGCGGCCAAAAGGUCAAAGUCGUCAUUGCCGGCGCCAUGUGGAACAACCCGCAUCUGCUCGUCCUCGACGAGCCGACUAACUUCUUGGACCGUGACUCGCUCGGCGGCCUGGCUGUCGCCAUCCGCGACUUCCGUGGCGGCGUCGUCAUGAUCUCCCACAACGAAGAGUUCGUCGGCGCCCUGGCCUCGGAGCAGUGGCACGUCUACGACGGGCGCGUCGCCCACCGUGGCGCGUCUACUGCCGCCCUCGACCGCUUCGAGGACAGCGGCGCCAGCAAGCCCGCCUCCGCCAUCAACAGCGGCCUCAACACCCCCGCGCUCAGCUCCAGCGCCGUCAGCAGCGCCGUGAACAGCGGCGCCGAGGACAACGGUGGCGUCACCGGGGAGAGCAUGAAGUUCAGGGCCAAAAAGAAGAAGAAGCUGACUAAGAAGGAGAUGAAGGAGAAGGAGGCCCGGCGUAGGCUGAGGCAUAUUGAGUGGUUGAAUAGCCCCAAAGGCACGCCCAAGCCGCGGGAUACGGAUGAUGAAGAGGAGUAA